AAUUUUAGGUUAACUUUAAUAAUAAUACACUAACAUAUAUAGUUAGUAGUUUAAUAAACACUAAUAACUAACUGUCUGUAACAAGUCAUAUUCAGUUUACCCAGAUUAGACUUUUGUCUGACUUUUGUCAGGCAGAAUCAGGGGUAUUUUAUUUAUUUUUACUUUUGUUUAAGCAGCAAGUCUCCGCUGAGGCCUGUCUUUUACAAGAGACAUCAAAAUAAUAAUAAUAUGAACUUAAAGGUAAAUAAAAUAAAUACAUAUUGACAUGGGAAAUAUGCAGUCCAUUGAGCCUAGUAGGAGUUGGUGCUCUGGGGUCGCAGCAAAUUCCCAAGGGCCACCCCUUGGGGGCGCAAUUGCCUUUAGACCACACAGUCCUUUGAAACAUGUUUUUUCUACAUUGUUUUUGAACAACUAAUACAAUUGACCAUAAUCUAAUCACAUUUGUUUGUUAUUCUCUUUAUUAGGGCGGACAGUUAUUGCAAACUCUUGUAAAUGUCUCCGUCUUUUGGCCCCCCAGUGGCACUGUAGUCCUGUCUGACUGUGAAACUACAGCGACUCUUCCCUCUGACUACAAAGGCAAGGCAACAAUAACAACAGCUGCACUAAUCACACACCGAGGACCUGACGGAGACACGGCGAGAGGAUGACUUCAGAAAGCCUGCCUGCACCUCCUGCUCUGCACUUGUCUCCGCGGCAGCUGAACGUGUGACCACAUUUAUUUUUAAGGAGCCUCAUUUCUGCGCGUCAACAAUAUAAUACUGAACACACUGCUGGUCCUGGAGCGACGCCUUCAAGGAGCGCUUUUCUCCCUCUGAUUGUUAUAUUUAGCUGUGAGACACAGACGCAGAGAGGUGCAACGCUGCCCGAGCAGCGGGAGAAGGGGAGAACGACCCCCGACCCCUCUGUUGUCCAGCCUCUGUGCUGCCGUUUACAGCAGUUACACACAUCUCAACUUGUCGUUCACUUUGCGUUUUUAGGCGAUGAGCUGGCCGUGAAUGCGCCCCGUGCGUGUGCGCGUGUCUGUGUCUUAGCGACAGGAGGAAAACAGGGAUUUUAGCGCAAAAUUGUCUCUCGUGUGGGAAAGAAAAAAAGAAGAUGAUGAUGAUGGCCGGUGGUGGAGGGGCAGCGGUGGACCACAACGGGAUUUACACCAACCCCAGCCUGCACAGCCUGCAGCAGAGCCACAUGGACGCUGAAAACCCGGACUCCCGCAAACGGCCGCUGGAAACUCCGGCGGAGGAGGCCGGAGGUACCAACAAGCGCACCAACGUCGGAGAGGAGGGUGAGUACUUCCUGAAGGUGCUGAUCCCCAGCUAUGCAGCCGGCUCUAUAAUUGGCAAGGGCGGCCAGACCAUCGUACAACUGCAGAAAGAGACGGGUGCCACUAUUAAGCUGUCCAAAUCCAAAGACUUUUAUCCAGGAACAACAGAACGAGUCUGUCUGAUACAGGGUACAGUCGAAGCCCUCAAUGGAGUCCACAACUUCAUCGCAGAGAAAGUCCGCGAGAUGCCCCAGAGCGCCCAGAAACCAGAGCCUGUUAGCAUACUGCAGCCCCAGACCACAGUCAACCCUGACCGUGUCAAACAGGCCAAACUUAUUGUGCCCAAUAGCACAGCUGGGCUGAUCAUCGGUAAAGGUGGCGCCACAGUAAAAGCAGUCAUGGAGCAGUCAGGGGCCUGGGUGCAGCUCUCACAGAAACCGGAAGGCAUCAACCUGCAGGAACGAGUAGUAACCAUCAGCGGUGAGCCCGAACAGAACCGCAAGGCCGUGGAAAUCAUAGUACAGAAGAUCCAGGAAGACCCCCAGAGCAGCAGUUGUCUCAACAUCAGUUAUUCCAACGUCUCAGGCCCAGUUGCCAACUCCAACCCCACAGGCUCCCCCUAUGCUAACACUGCUGAGGUCCUGCCCAACGCAGCUGCAGCAGCUGCCACUGCGUCCAGUCUUCUGGGUCAGGCCGGUCUAACGGGAAUGGGUGCGUUCCCCGCUGCCAUGUCCACUUUCUCUGGCAACGAUCUUUUGGCCAUAACGUCAGCCCUCAACACACUGGCCAGCUAUGGCUACAACACUAACACCCUUGGUCUCGGUCUGAACCCUGCAGCUGCCUCUGGAGUCCUCGCUGCAGUAGCAGCCAGUGCAAACCCAGCUGCUGCUGCUGCAGCUAACCUGCUGGCCUCCUACGCAAGCGAUGCUUCCGGCAGUGCAGGCCACCCUGCCACAGGUCUCGGUGGUUUCUCCCUUGGUUCUCUAGCAGCUGCUACAGGGGCUUCCAAUGGUUACCUAAAUGCCUCAUCUCCACUGAUGGCGUCCUCUCUUUUGGCAACAGAAAAGCUAGCUGAUGGGGCCAAGGACGUGGUUGAGAUUGCAGUUCCCGAGAAUCUGGUGGGUGCCAUUUUAGGGAAAGGAGGGAAAACGCUGGUAGAGUACCAGGAGCUAACAGGAGCCCGAAUCCAGAUCUCCAAAAAGGGAGAGUUCAUUCCUGGUACUCGGAACCGUAAAGUUACCAUAACAGGGUCACCGGCCGCUACACAAGCAGCGCAGUAUCUAAUCAGCCAGAGGAUCACGUACGAGCAGGGUGUGCGUGCUAACAACCCACAAAAGGUGGGCUAAAAAGAAGAAGAAAAGGAUAGAAGGAAAGGAUGAAGACAGAGAUAGAAAGGAAUUGAGAGGGCCACAGUGAAUAGAAAAAAGAAAUGUCCAAAUAUCUGUUCAAUAUUUCGGUAUCAAAUGAGAGAAUCCUUAAGGAGGAGGUGGGGGAGACAACCAAGAUAAGUGUGUGUGAUAUGUGAAUGUGUUUUCAGGACUGAAGUCCUGAUGUUUUUUAAAAGUUUGUGUCGAUUCCUUUUGACGAUGGUGAUCAGAGUAAGCUGAACUGGUCCACUGCCAAGUUGCAGAUUCUAAGGGGUGGGGCCACAGGGUCUCACUCUCCUCCAAAACCUCAUAGCUGUUUUAUUUUGUUUCUCCUUUUUUUUUUUUUUUUUUUUUUUGGUUUUUU